GCUAAGAUGCAGCUGUUUCUGUGCCUUUUAGCUGUACUUUGUUUAACUUUGAGCAGGAGUGUUAGUGAGGAAACUGGUGCUAAUGUUAGCACAUCUGGAUUCGGCUAUGAGUUGACAAUUAGCGGUCUCGAUGCAGUGAAUUUCAAUAUGCAAAAGGAACAUCUUCGCACAAAGGAAUAUUUUCAAACACUUAGUGCGGACAUAGAUAGUUUACACAGAACUGUAAGGAACAUCGAACAAACGGUGUUUCGCCAGGCAAAACUGUUUAGCGGUUUCGAUACGCAUCUGAAAAAGUUGAAUGUUCACAUGGAACCGGUUGCAGCUAUUCCCAGCAUCCAGAAUGAGCUGGAACUAGUUUCACUGAAUAUCUCCCGUCUACUGAGUGACGUUAGCAUCAUGAAACGAAUUCAGCAAACCCUACCAACAACAGAGAUGCAGAAUGAUUUCAUCAUUCAACUGACUGCCGAUCGGAUUCAAUCGCAUGGCACAGGAUCCCGAAACCUUGUACUGGAGCCAAAAGUAUUUCCGUCCACCUGCACGGAUGUUCCCGAUCGUCGGUCCGGAGUUCGUAGAAUUCAUCCGCAGUCUGGUUUCAGUGAUUCAUUCGAAGUGUAUUGCGACCAGGAGUACGAAGGUGGCGGAUGGACAGUGAUUCAGAAUCGCUUCGAUGGGCAGGUUAAUUUCUAUCGCGGUUGGAGUCAGUACGAACGAGGCUUCGGUGAUUUACGAGGAGAAUUUUGGUUAGGUCUUCGAAAGAUACAUGAGUUGACCUACGCGAAGCCACACGAGUUACACAUCGUGAUGGAAGAUUUCGAAGGCACAACUGCAAUUGCGAAGUACAGUCGUAUGUUAGUGGGAGGUCCAGAGGAAAAGUACGCGCUUAACGGUUUGGGAAACUACAGUGGGACUGCUGGAGAUUCGCUUAGCGAUGCGGUGAAGUUAAAGUUUACCACAUUUGAUUCGGAUAAUGAUAGUCACACUGAUAAUUGUGCUGUCCAAUUUCAAGGUGCCUGGUGGUACGGGGCAUGUCACUCAAGUAAUCUGAACGGACUGUAUCUCAAAGGGAAAGUGGAAGUAUUUGCCACCAUGAUGUGCUGGAAAGCAUUCAAGGGAUAUCAUUACGGGUUGAAACGUUCCAGAAUGAUGAUACGAGUAUCGAGUUAAGUAAGUGUAGGGGAGUAUCGCGUUUUGUUACGCAAAUGUAUCAACGAAAGAAAUGCGAAUGCGUUUAGGAAACACGUACUUGCGGUUAUGUUCUCAGUUAACAUAUCUAUUGAUUGAAGCAAUAAACAGAACAUCGAUUUUCUAUACCGACCUUAGUGGUUUCACCACUUGACAGAAGUCGUUUGAUACAUCUUUAUGAUUCCACCAUAAAUAUAGAUUAAGUCUUAAUAUUGAAUAUAUGUUUAUUCAUCAGUUUGACUAA